AUGACUGCUCUUUUCAAGUCUCUUGCUCUCUCCGUGUCUUUGGUUGUCAUUGCAGCUUCGGCACCACUCGAUGUGCGACAGGUAGCUCCCUUUACCAUAACAGCGACCAGUUGGGAUGCAGGAGCUGUGACACAGUUCCCUAUCCACUCGAGCUGCAAUGCCUCUCAGACUCAUCAGCUCGCAAACGGCCUCAACGAAACAGUGGCACUAGCUGCGCAUGCGGCGGAACAUAUUCUGCGAUGGGGCAACCAAUCCGAAAUAUAUCGGAAAUACUUUGGUAACCGCCCGCCAUACGAGGCCAUCGGUGCGUAUGAAAUCAUCGUCAACGGUGACAAGAGCCAAAUGCUGUUCCGCUGUGACAACCCCGACGGAAAUUGUGACUUGGAAGGCUAUGGUGGCCAUUGGCGCGGCGAAAAUGGAACUGAUGAAACUGUCAUCUGCGAUUUGAGUUAUGAGACUCGCCGCUCGCUCAACCAGAUGUGCGCGCUUGGGUAUAACGUGGCGGAGGGGCCCACGAAUACUUUCUGGGCCUCGGAUUUGAUGCAUCGACUGUACCACAUGCCAGCAAUCGGUGGAGGAUACAUCGAGCACUUUGCCGAGGACUAUGAUGAGGCUAUCGAUCUUGCCAGGGGCAACAAUACAUUCUCGACCCAUGAUAGUGAUACUCUGCAGCUUUUUGCACUCGAGGUGUAUGCAUACGAUAUUGCUGUUCCCGGAAAAGGCUGUCCAGGACAAAGCAGCGAUAAUGGCGACUCAGCAUCGGCCUCGGCUACCCCCAGCGCAACGGUUGCUCCAGCACCUGCAUCCACAAGCGGAUCGCCAACAUUGUCCGAGAGCCCUUCGUCGACAUCCAGCCUGCCUGCGGUAAGAUGA